AUGGCGGCGGUGAUGUCUGCGGGGCCCGAGGCCGAGGCGGCGGGACCGGGCGGGCAGGGGCCCGGGCAGGGGUCCGGGGCGGCGGGGGCUCGGCCCCGGGGCGGGGACGGGGAGGCGGUUGGCUGGGAAAGGGGCCCCGGCGCCGCCUAUCACAUGUUCGUCGUCAUGGAGGACCUGCUGGAGAAGCUCAAGCUGCUCCACUACGAGGAGGAGAUCCUUCGCAAGAACGGCCUCAAGCCCCCGUCCAGACACUAUUUCGCUUUGCCCACGAAUCCAGGGGAACAGUUUUAUAUGUUUUGUGCCCUUGCGGCCUGGUUGAUCAAUAAAGCCGGGCGGCCUUUCGAUCAGCCCCAAGAAUACGAUGAUCCCAACGCGACCAUAUCUACCAUACUUUCUGAGCUGCGUUCAUUGGGGAGGUCAGUGGAUUUUCCUCCUUCAAAAUUAAAGUCUGGUCACGGAGAACAUGUGUGCUACGUGCUUGAUUGCUUAGCUGAAGAAGCACUGAAACAUAUUGGCUUCACCUGGAAGAGGCCAGCGUACCCAGUGGAAGAAUUAGAAGAGGAAGCAAUUAUGGAAGAUGAAGCAGAGUUGACACAUAAUAAAGUGGAGGAGGAAAUUUUGGAUGAAGAGACAGACACUGAAGAAAACUGCAUUGACCUCAAUGUUUUAAAGGCACAGACCUACCGAAUGGAUCUGAGCGAAUCUGGCAAACAGGAGGAUAUUUUAGAAUCCACAACAGAUGCCGCCGAGUGGAAUCUCGAAGUAGAACGCGUAUUACCACAACUGAAAGUCACAAUCAGGACUGACAAUAAGGAUUGGAGAAUCCACGUAGACCAAAUGCACCAACAUAAAGAAGGAAUCGAAUCGGCUUUAAAAGAGACGAAGGGCUACCUGGAUAAACUUCACAAUGAAAUCAGUCGGACGCUGGAAAAAAUCGGCAGCCGGGAGAAGUACAUCAACAACCAGCUGGAGACCUUAAUUCAAGAGUAUCGGACCGUCCAGACCCAGCUGAGUGAGGCCACAGAACUAUACCAACAGCGAAACGGAGGCGUGACUGAAAGGACUAGAAUUCUUUCUGAGAUUACUGAAGAAUUGGAGAAGGUAAAGCAGGAAAUGGAAGAGAAAGGGAGCAGCAUGACUGAUGGCGCUCCUCUGGUCAAGAUCAAGCAGGGCCUAACCAAACUGAAGCAGGAAACGGUUCAGAUGGACAUCCGGAUCGGGGUGGUGGGACACACGCUGCUGCAGUUGAAGCUGAAGGAGAAAUCCAACAUGACGAGGGACAUGCAUGUGACCACCAUCCCAGACCCCACGCUCAACUCCUUCUGAAGCCCCCCGGGGGGACCACGGGCUUUGGAUGCUUCUGGCGUUUCCGAGCCGCCGCCCCGUCUGUCCGCCCCAGACGCUCGCGCCGGAGUGAAUUCUGUGACUUCAAACUCCUACCAUGCUUUUCUUUUUAAUAAAAAUAACCUCAGA